UAGAGAAAAAAAACCAAGCGCUUCGCUUCUCUUUUGGAAUUUAUGGAACUGUAACAAGGCUCCCUUUUGUAUUUCACUAAAUAAAAGUUUAAAUUUUGGAAGCAAUUAUGUCAACAAACCGCUAAUUACUCGAAAUAAAGAUUAGAAGCUGCAGUAUUUUAAUAAUAAAAGAAAAUCAUCCUAAUUUAGAUCAAUAAUAAAGUGCUCGAAAAUCGAAAUGUCUCCAUAGCGUCACUGCAAAUGGAGACCAAGUCCGGUGGCGUUUCAGAUCAUUGGAUGAAAAAUAUGAUGGAACCAACCGGUAGUGAAAAACAAAUACAAAACGACAACAGAUCAUCGGUUAAGCGCGAGAAGAUGGCUGAGGCAUCUAACGGUUCGGAGUAUAUAACAUUCGAAUUGAAACAAAGCGAAGGAAGAUAUAGAUGUGAUGUGUGCGAUUUAGCAUUCGAAGGUAUGGAAUACUUGCUUUUGCACAAAAAGUUUCACGGAAACGAUAAAGAUACUACGAUGCCGGAACCCGAGGCUCCCGCGGUAAAGGAGGGCCCGAAGAAACGAAAGAAGUUCAAGUGCGAUCAGUGCGACGUCAAAGUGAACUCACAGUAUCAUCUAGAUAUACAUCGCAGUAAGCACGAGGGAAACGCUUCCAAGAAGUAUAUUUGCCAGGUCUGCGACCGCAGUUUUGUGGCUGCACAGUUUCUCAAAAGCCACAUGCAAUCCCAUUCUUCUACAAGCACUAUUAAUUGUGAAAUAUGCAACAAGAAUUUUACUGGACAAGCUUAUUUAAAAUUGCACAUGCAGCUACACAAUGAUAUCAAGAAAUUUAAAUGCUCCAAGUGUGAUGAGAUGUUUCCAACAAAGAAUUGUCUGAAAAUACACAUGAAGAAGCACACAAAGGUUAAGAAUUUCAAAUGUGACUUUUGCCACAAGUUGUUUGUGUCCAAAAUUACUAUGGAAAAACACAGGCAAACUCAUGAAGGGCAACCUAUGGAUUGUCAUGUUAAAUGUACCCAGUGUGAGAGAACCAUGCACUCUUCUCUACUCCGUACUCACAUAGCGAGAGCUCAUCCGAUGACAAUAGACGAUGAUGUGAAGCGUCCCCACAAGUGUCUGACUUGCGGUAAAAGCUUCAUUGUUAAGAUAAAUCUUAAUUUACACAUCCGAGUGUGCCAUCCCGAUCUAGCGGAACCAGAAGAUGAAGAUGAGGAUGUUAUGACCGAUAACUCUUAGAUUUAAGUUUUACCUAAAGGCUAAAUAAUCAUGUAUUACUAUUGGAUAAUAUACUUUUGUAUGUAAA